AUGGCUUCAGAGGAACCUGAGUUCAAGAUCAAGGGCGCCGCCAGCAACAAGAGCAGCAGCCCACCCGCUAGUAUCUCCGACACCGCCAACGACCAGCGCGACGACGCCAACGUCAAGACCCCGGUCUCGCAAGCCGAGGAGGGUAACCCAGCUGCUUCCAAGGGCAAGGUCAAGAAGACUGAGCCAGACGAGCAGGACUUGAAGGGCAAGUACCUGAUGUACAAAUGCACGAGCGUCGACGAGUCCGGGGCGAAGUACUCGUACUUCGUCCACAAGGACACCCAAGUCUCGACGUGGGCCGAGCCCGAUGAGCCGUACUGGCUCUUCGACGCCAACACCCAAGAUGCAGACGUCGCUGCCGGGCUGCAGGAGCCAGCCAGAGCCAAAGCCAAGGCGAAGGGAAUCAAGGUUCCAGACGACUACUAUGGGUACAUCCCUGCCGUCCACGGAACAUACGAUGCAAAUGCGCAUUACGCCAAGUGGCACGAGCAGAAGCGGGCUGAAGAGGCGGCUCAAGCCAGCCAGGCCGACGCGACUAGCCCCGGUGGCACCGCCAGCUACGAGUCGACCAUGGCUCUCAACCGCUUCACGGGUCAUGCCCAACGUGCUGGUCUUGGACCUGAGCGCCACAGCGACUCCGCCAAAGCAGGCCGGCAGAUGAAUGCUUUCUUCGACCCAGAGGCCGCAGCCAACGCCCACGACGGUCGUUCCCUCAAGGAGGAACGCAAGAACCAAGUGCCGUCCAAGAGGCAGAUCCAGGAGUACAACAGGGCCAACAGGGAGAAGAAAGUGAGGAAGCUGAGAGAGAAGUGGACUUAG